AAAAUCUGAUUGUGGCAACAAUCUGUUUGUUUUCUUCUAUGACAGGGAGUGAGUGAAAUCUUUGACGGAAUUUCUUUUUGUGUGAAUUAAUACACUCGUUUUGUUGUUUUUCCUGCAGAGUACUUUUUUUUGUACAUUUUUCAAUACUUUUCUGAUCUUCAAAAAUGCCUGAUAUGCAAGAACUUAUGUUUCAACUGAGAUUCAGUUGCAAACAGUUGGAAAGAUUAUCAAAGAAAGCUGAAAAGGAUGAAAAAAUUCAAAGAAAUAAAGUUAAAAAAGCAAUUCAACAAGGAAAUUUGGAUGGGGCUAAAAUAUAUGCUGAAAACGCCAUUCGUAAAAAGAAUGAGGCUCUUAACUACUUAAGAAUGGCUUCCAAAAUUGAUGCAGUAUCAUCUAAAGUUCAAAGUGCAAUCACUAUGAAAGGGGUGACUAAAAAUAUGGGAUCAGUUGUGAAAGCAUUAGAUAAAGCAAUUAAUUCGAUGGAUCUCCAAAAGGUUUCUGCAGUUAUGGAACAAUUUGAACAGCAGUUUGAAGAUCUUGAUGUGCGAACAUCUGUUGUAGAAGAUGCUAUGGGUAGUGCUACAACCACAUCAACUCCUCUUGCUCAAGUGGAUGCCCUAAUUGCUCAGGUUGCUGAAGAAAAUGGUUUAGAUAUUAUUGAUCAAUUGAAUCAAGCUGAGUCUGUUCCUACUGGCUCAUUAUCAUCUACUCGUACCUCCGAUAGGUCUACAGCAGAAGAAGAUGCCCUUACUAAAAGGCUUGCUGCUUUGAGAAACUGAAGCUAUUUUUGGAAUUAGAAAUUUAGCUGCUUCUUAAAAUUAUGUCUCAUAAUGUGUAUGUAUGUAUAUAUAUGUAACAGAUGUAUCUAAUGUAUACCGUCAGCAAAAUUAAAUAUUUUUCCUUUU